AUGGCGCCUGCUUUUGAGUCAGGCCAGGCGCACACAGCAAAAGCCCGUAUUAGCCCUUCGGUUCCAGGCUUGUUUCUUUGCAGUUUGGUGCAUCAGGCACUCGUUAGCACCCCGCCUUGCUCCCUGGGGACGCGGGCGAGGGGCACACACCACCCAGCCAGACCGCACCGCGGCGCACGCGCACACGCUCGCCUAGCGCCCAGCGGAGGAAGGCCUGGAAAGUUCCACCGGAUUCCAGAGACCAAGCCAGAGACAGCUGCUGCCUUGAAACGUACACUAGAAUCCCUGAUGGACCGAGGAGCCAUCGUGAGGAGCCUGGAAAACCUGGGUGAGCGCGCACUUCCUUACCGGAUCUCCAGCCACGGCCAGCAGCACAGCAGAGGCGGGUAUUUUCUGGUGGAUUUUUAUGCCCCAACCAGUGCUGUGGAUGGCAUAUUGGAUCACUUGAUUCGAGACAUUGAUGUGGUGAGACCAAAUGUUGUGAAACACCCUCUGACCCAGGAAGUAAAAGAGUGCAGCGGCAUAGUCCCAGUCCCACUGGAAGAGAAAUUGUAUUCAACCAAGAGGAGAAAGAAGUAAGAUGUUCCAGAUCUCGGCUGCAUACCUAAUCCCAAGUACUCCGUGGCUGCUGAUCGCUUACUUUCUAGGACGCUCUAGCCCAUGAUCCUUCUGCUGCAGGAGGCAGGAACUGCUGACUGAGUCCUGCCCUGUCAUCUCUGGCGCCAAUAGACCAAUCUCGGUUUUGUCAGCACUGGUUGCCAGUGAGGGCUUCACCUUACCGCUGCAGCGUUUGGGAGAGCAAAUCGAUUGUCCUUCACACUUGGUUGUCUUGCAAAACUAUAUGGAAAACAGAGCGCAGAGUAAUAAACGUGACUACCAAUCUGA